AUUAAUAUUUUAAAACAGUUCAACAGCCUGGAGCAGCUCUGCAUUAACUUCACAAAUGAAAAACUGCAACAGUUUUUCAACCACCACAUGUUUGUGCUGGAACAAGAGGAGUACAAGAAAGAAGGAAUUGACUGGGAAUUCAUUGACUUUGGUAUGGACCUGGCUGCCUGCAUUGAGCUUAUUGAGAAGCCAAUGGGCAUCUUCUCCAUUCUUGAAGAGGAGUGCAUGUUCCCAAAGGCUACAGAUACAUCCUUUAAGAACAAGCUCCAUGACCAGCAUCUUGGCAAAACUAAGGCUUUCCAAAAACCAAGGCCUGCCAAGGGCAAGGCAGAGGCCCACUUCUCCCUGGUGCACUAUGCCGGCACUGUGGACUACAACAUUUCUGGCUGGCUGGACAAGAACAAGGACCCCCUGAAUGAGUCUGUUGUGCAGCUGUACCAGAAGGCAGCAAACAAACUUUUGGCCUUCCUUUAUGCAGGCCAUGCAUCUGCUGAGGCUGAAGGUGGUGGUAAGAAGGGCAAGAAGAAGGGUGGUUCCUUCCAGACUGUGUCUGCUCUGUUCAGGGAGAACUUGGGCAAGCUGAUGACCAACUUAAGGAGCACACACCCUCAUUUUGUGCGCUGCUUGAUCCCAAAUGAGUCAAAGACUCCAGGUCUGAUGGAGAAUUUCCUGGUUAUUCACCAGCUGAGAUGUAAUGGUGUGCUGGAGGGUAUCAGAAUCUGCAGAAAGGGAUUCCCCAGCAGAAUUCUUUAUGGUGACUUCAAGCAAAGGUACAAAGUCUUGAAUGCCAGUGUCAUCCCAGAGGGACAGUUCAUUGACAAUAAAAAGGCUGCAGAGAAACUCUUGGGCUCCAUUGAUGUGGACCACACCCAGUACAAGUUUGGACACACUAAGGUUUUCUUUAAAGCUGGUUUGCUUGGUACCCUUGAGGAAAUGCGAGAUGAGAAGCUGGCAACUUUAGUGACCAUGACUCAAGCUUUGUGCCGUGGCUACCUCAUGAGAAAGGAGUUUGUCAAAAUGAUGGCGAGGAGGUAUGUGUAUGUUUAAAUAAAGAAUGUGCCAAAUAUCAUAUGUCAUGGCAAUGACACUACAGUAAUUAAUAUACAAAUUUAGAAUGUAUAGUCUAAACUAGAUUCUAACCUGGAUCUUGAAUUCUAGAGAAUCCAUCUUUACCAUCCAGUACAACAUCCGCUCAUUCAUGAAUGUGAAACACUGGCCAUGGAUGAAGCUGUACUU